AUGAAUAUCAGGGCCGAGUUAGCCAAGUUUUUGAACCUAUGUUUUGUGUUCUCGUCAGCAUAUAUGUUUUGGCAGACAUACUCACUCAUUGCAGACACACAUUCCCCAAUCGUUGUGGUAUUGUCAGGUUCAAUGGAACCAGCUUUCCAAAGAGGUGAUAUUUUAUUCCUGUGGAACAGAAACAAAUAUUCUAAAGUUGGUGAUAUUGUCGUGUAUGAAGUUGAAGACAAACAAAUCCCAAUUGUUCAUAGAGUAUUAAGAGAACAUCAUAGUACAAAGAAUAACGGUAAACAAUUGCUAUUGACUAAAGGUGAUAACAAUGCAGGUAAUGAUAUUCCUUUGUAUGCAGGAAAGAAGACAUAUUUGGCAAAGAAUAAAGAUAUCGUUGGUACAGUGAAAGGCUAUUUCCCUCAUUUGGGUUACGUAACCAUUUGGGUAGCUGAAAAUAAGUAUGCUAAAUUUGCUUUAUUGGGAUUCUUAGCUAUAACGUCAUUGUUUGGUGAUGAAUGA